AUGGAUUCACUCUGGUUCACCGACUGCUACAAAUUGGGCCGAGAAGCAAGGAGAGUAAUUACACAGCAAUCAUCUCCCGAGAGAACAUUCUCAACCGGAUGGGAAAUACCUGCGGAGUUCCACCAUCGAGCUCUAGGAAAUUCCUGGACCAUCUCUUCAUCUUUCUACCGAUUUAGAGUUUGCGUCGUGGUUACUCCUAAACCGCAUACCAAAGCGGUUAAUUUUAUUGAAUAUUUUGAUGUAUUGUGUCGCAUAAGCUUAAACGGUUGCCCUAUUGACGAACAAGGGUUUAAGAAUUUCCCCCGCUAUAUCCGAGGGAUACAUCUCGGUAUAUUUUAUUUGGAAUCGCUUAAGAAUUACGGAUGGCUUGAACAGGACAACGAGAUAUUCUACUCUUCAAAAGUUAAUAUGAUGGACCAACAUUAA